GAGAAUCACCUUCUUGACCUCGCUGUCUCUGAGAAGCUUGAUGAUUUGAGCCGUGUAGCUAGCGUUGUGUCUAGGUUAGGUAAGAAAUGUAACGAACCGGCUUUACAAGGAUUUGAGCAUGUUUAUGAAGAUAUAGUGAAUGGGGUGAUUGAUUUUAGGAAGUUAGGGUUCUUGGUUAAGGAUAUGGAGAGUAUGGUUAAGAAGAUGGAGAGGUUUGUGAAUGCUACUUGUAGUUUGUAUUGUGAGAUGGAAGUGGUGAAUGAGCUUGAACAAGCUGUAGUGAAGCUUCAACGAAGUCAGCAGCAUCAAGAGAGUGUUAAAGCUUUUGAACAGAAGCUUAUGUGGCAGAGACAGGAUGUGAGGAGUCUUAGAGAUGCUUCUUUGUGGAACCAAACUUAUGAUAAGGUUGUUGAGAUGUUGGCUAGAACGGUUUGUACUAUCUAUGGUAGGAUUGAAACUGUUU